AUGCUGGAUCUUCAGACAAACUAUUGCAGAGAAGUGGAGUAUUAUCCAAAGACGGUCAGCAAAGCACAAGAUAUGUUGAAGAUUCACAUGGAAGUGAGUAAAAAUCCGGGAGUGAACCUCUACCAAGGAAACGACCAACCUAAUAAAGGUAAAGGUAAAGGUAAAGGUAAAGGUAAAGGAAAAGGAAAAGGAAAGGGGAAACCAAAGGAUGGAAAGAAGGCAGCAUGUUAUGUAUGUGGCAACGAAGACCAUAUGUCUCCAAAAUGCCCAGACAGACUGCUACCAAAGACCCAAUGGAAGAAUCAGGAUCAAUAUGUUGACUAUGGGAAGAAGCUCAACCUUAAUCAGAUUGGAGCAACUGUCCCAGCUACUGUUCCAGCCAUAGUUCCUGGAGCUUCAGCGUCCACAAGUGGAGCAUCAAGUGUUACGGGAAGCAUUAACACACCUUUGCGACUUGCUGGUACUACAGGUAAUCAAAUGAUGCAAGUUCCUUCUGGAAUGCAGCUCAUGCAGAUUCCAACUCAAGGUGGCGGCACUGUUACUGGAAAGGAUGAGAAUGGCAAUGAUGUCUAUCUUAUUCCAUGUCCUGCUGGUACGACAAAUGUCGAACUUCAAGCCAACUGGCACUAUGCUAGUGAAAACAAAGAUUUGCCUGAUCUUGCUACUGAAGCAGAUCGAGGUCUGCAGUUUAUUCAAAGCCGCAGAAAAGAAAGAGAUCCAUUUGGGUUGUACAAUCAUGUCAUCAUGGACAGUGGUUGUACAAACACCACCAUUUGUAAUGUAUAUCAGGAUGAAGAUGGAAUUGCCAAUGUACUUGCUAUGCGCGAGAUGAUUGCUGCGGGAUACCGCAUUACUAUGGAUACUGAUGCUGACAAUGCUUUUAUUGUGCAUUGUGAUGGAAACCAAAAGAUGCAAUUUGUGAAUCGUAAGGGUGUGUAUGUGUUGGAGCAACUUGGAGCAAAUAAUGGAUAUGCUGGACUCGAGAUGACCUCCAAGAUGGCAAAUGCAGACAAUGAUGUGGAUGAUAUGCCAGAACUCACUGUCAGAUUCCAAGGAGAUGAUGACUAUGAAUCAGACGACAAUUUGGGUGAUGAAGGCAACAAAGAGGAAGAACCUAUUGUGGCCGAUUUGGAUCACCAUCAAGAAAAUGUCGAUGGAGGAACCCAUGAUAUUGGGAGCCUUGUUACUGAUCUGGAGGACCUACAAGAGCCGCCAGAAGAAGAGAUUGUAUUUGAGCCUGAAGAGCCUCAAGUGGCAAAAGUCACUCAAUCUGGGCAAAUGUAUGCGCAAGCUGCAAUGUCUGGGCUGAACCUUUCUCAAGUUCCAAAGAAACCAAGAGAAUGGCCUUCAAGCAGGAGUGGCAGUUCUGCCAAUAAGAACAAGAAUCGAGUUGCGACAAGACGCCAGCAUAGAGAAAGAGAAUUGAAACCGUUGAAGAACAAGUUAAAAUAUGGUAUUCGUACCAAAGAAGGAAGUUGCAGUACUAAAGACAGUAAAGCUAUCCUUGAAGCAAAGCACAAUCUAUGUUUCCAACAGAUUGGGAAUGAGAUGAAAGCUGCUUAUGAAGAGCACGACGCUAUUCUGAUCGCUCGUUGCAUGAUGCAGAUCAAGGCCAAGUUCGAUACUGAUGAAGGUCUGAACUUCAUUCAACAGUAUUACAUCAAUCAAGGACUGAAGAAAUUUGGUGAUGAUGGAAAGGAUGCUGUGGAUAAGGAAUUGAGACAAAUGCUCCGGAGAGAUUGUUUCACUCCCGAAUUUCUUAAAGACAUGGCCGCGUCUGAGCGAAAGAAGCCCCAAUCAGCAAAUAUUACUCGCGGAAAUGCAUUUUGA